GGCACAGCGGGGUCCCUUCGUGGGGCAGAGCGCGGCGGGGCGACUUGAGGAAGGGGUCGGUGUGAUGAUGUGACGGUCCUUGGAAACUGUGCACAAGUAGCGUUGCUAAUGCAUCCGUGCGACAACCUCUUAGGAAUUUCCUGGGUUGACAGCUCCUGGAUUCCAAUAUUAAACAAUGGGAGUGUGUUGGACUAUUUCUCAGAGAGAAGUAACCCAUUCUAUGACCGAACAUGUAACAAUGAAGUCGUCAAAAUGCAGCGGAUGACCUUGGACCAUUUGAACCAGAUGGUUGGAGUGGAGUACAUCCUUCUCCACGCUCAAGAGCCCAUUCUCUUCAUUAUCCGAAAGCAGCAAAGGCAGUCUCCAACACAAGUUAUUCCAUUGGCCGACUACUAUAUUAUUGCUGGAGUGAUUUAUCAAGCACCUGACUUAGGGUCUGUCAUUAACUCCAGAGUUCUCACUGCAGUGCACGGAAUUCAGUCUGCUUUUGAAGAAGCUAUGUCUUACUGUCGUUAUCACCCGUCCAAGGGCUACUGGUGGCAUUUUAAAGAUCAAGAAGAAAGAGAGAAAGCUAAACCAAAAGCCAAGAAGAAAGAAGAACCAAGUUCCAUUUUCCAAAGGCAACGGGUAGAUGCUUUGCUUUUAGACCUAAGACAGAAGUUUCCACCCAGAUUUGUUCAGCAAAAGCCCGGAGAAAAGCCUAUCCCAGUGGAUCAAAUCAAGAAGGAACCAGAACCAGCCCCUGAAACUGUCAAGCCAGAGGAAAAAGACACUGCAAAGAAUGCUCAGCAGAGUGCUGCUGCUAAAGGACCACCUGAAAAACGAAUGAGACUCCAGUGAAGGGAGAAGUUGUUGUACUUCUUGUUUCGUCAUUACCUGAAAAACAGGAGAUUCUUGCUCCCCUUUCUUUAUAUUUAAGCUCUUCCACUGAGGCUGACAAUUCAGGAACUGAAGUCCCUGUAAGAGCUUUUUUCUGUAGAAACCUCUCAUGCAGAUGUUAAUGUCAGAAUGUGAGCUGCCUCAAAGAGGGUGUUUUCAGUCUUCAUGUUUUUUUGAAUAUUGGCUUCUGAGCAUGGUUUUUACAUGGACAUAUUUAGCAGCCUCCUGAAAACUUUACAAACUCUUGCAUCUUUUGUGCCUAAGUUUCUUAUGUAAAAAGAAAACUUUUAUAUAUAUAUAUAAAAAAUCAGAACUCUUGGCAAAUAAAACUUCUGGCUGCUGGAAUGCCUUUCCUAGAUGCAUACUUUGUUAACAGCAAAUACACCAUAUGUGCUGGCAGCAUUUUUUUUGCUUGGCUACUGGAAUAUAUUUUGAGGAGGAAAAGUUCAGCUAAAGGAUUUAGGCUGCCUGCUAUAAAUUGCUGUGCCUUUAGUAUGCUUGGGAUAAAGAUAAAAGAUUUGAUAACUGGAGCCUCAAAUCCGUGUAAUUAGAUGUCAGACUGCACUCGAUCUCUAAAUGUUCUUGGGCACUCAUUUUACUUACAGGCUAAACUGAUACUUUAUUAAAAAGCUACUGUUCUGUGAGAGAGAUUCGUAACAAAACAGGAUAAAAUUUCUUGCUAUGGCACACUCAGUGAAGCUUUUUAUAUUUCUAAUUUUUCACUGUAACUCAAAUAUAUCAAUUACAUCUCUUCCUCUGUGCUCCUAGCACUUCCUUGCUCCUUGAUUAGACAUCAUCCUUUUAGAACCUGAGGAGGUAGGGCAGUGGAAGAGAAACACCACUGACAGCUAUAUGCUUAUUGAAGCAUAUUUAUUGCACAAACCUUUUUUUUUUUUUAAUUGAAAUAAUGGAGCAAUCCUCAAAAUAGCUUGCUUGCUUUCCGCAACUGUUACCUUCUUUCCUGUAGUAAACUGUAGUAAGCAAAAAAAAGGUUUGUACAUAGGAACCAAAAUGUAGAUAGGAAGGAAGACUAAGAUAUGCUUAGAUGGCUGUGCCAAAUUUAUUUUCAGGUUACAAGAUACUCUUUUCCUGUUUCAGUAACUUAGCUACCCAGUCA